AUCAUAGCAACAGUAUGUUAGGUGUAGUGUGUAUGUCAGGCCUGACAGGUGUUGCUGCCAUAGAGCAGUGAACCACUGCUGUGUGUCAGCCCCUCACGGAGAAUGUCCUGUCAGCAAAUCCCUCUCAUUUAUAUCUAGGAGACUCUAGCUCAAGCCCCUCUGCUGACUGCCCCAUGGCGGAAUAUCUCCAGAGAGAAGACAAGUGUCUCACACAGGCAGAUCCCACUGUGAGAUACUUCACAAACAGAUGGCGGAACGGAAGCUCCUCAUUCUCUUUGGCAGCCAGACUGGGACAGCUCAAGAUACAGCCGAGAGAAUUGGCAGGGAAGCCAAGCGGCGCCGCUUUCACUGCAGGGUAGAGGCCCUGGACAGUUACCCUGUGGCGCAGCUGAUCCAGGAGCCGCUGGUGGUAUUUGUGUGUGCAACCACAGGCCAAGGGGACCCGCCUGACAACAUGAAGAAUUUCUGGAGGUUUAUUUUCCGAAAGAACCUGUCCCCUGCCUCCCUUUGCCAGAUGGACUAUGCCGUGCUGGGCCUCGGAGACUCCUCCUAUCCCAAGUUUAAUUUUGUUGCGAAGAAGCUGCACAAGCGGCUGCAGCAGCUCGGGGCCAGCCCCCUCCUGCCAGUAGCCUUGGGAGACGACCAGCACGACUUGGGGCCGGAUGCAGUGGUUGAUCCCUGGCUACUGGACUUGUGGGGAAGGAUCCUACCCUUGUACCCUCUGCCUCCUGGCCUUGGCAUUAUCGGCCCAGAUGUCCUUUUACCCUCCAAGUUCACUCUGCAUUUUCUGGAUGAGCGCUCCAGUGGCUGCGACGGGGAGGCAGCCAGGCAGGCCCCCUCAGAGCUGCACCCCUUUGCUGCCCAGGUGGUGUCCAACCUCAGAGUCACGGCGGAAUCACACUUUCAGGACGUCCGGCUCAUUGAGUUUGAUGUCACAGGCUCUGGGAUUGAGUACAGUGCGGGAGACGUGGUGAUGAUCCAGCCCCGGAAUGCCCCUGAGGACGUGCAGCAGUUCUGCCAGCUCCUGCGCCUGGAUCCAGACAGAUGCUUCGUGCUGAAGCCCUCUGAGCCUGGAAUCCCCCUUCCUGCCCACUUGCCGCAGCCAUGCACCAUCCAGCACCUGGUCGCCUGCUACCUGGACAUUUCCUGUGUUCCCCGUCGCUCUUUCUUCGAGCUCUUGUCCUGGUUCUCGCCGAACGAACUGGAGCGGGAGAAGCUGCAGGAAUUCAGCUCUGCGCAGGGCCAGGAGGAGCUCUACAGCUACUGCAACCGGCCCCGCAGGACCACCUUGGAGGUCCUCUGCGAUUUCCCUCACACCACUUGUGCUGUUCCGCUUGACUACCUGCUGGACCUCAUCCCCCGGAUCCAGCCCCGUGCCUUUUCCAUCGCCUCCUCCAUGCUGGCUCUCCCCAACAGACUCCAGAUCCUCCUGGCUGUGGUGCAGUACAAGACACGCCUCAGCAAACCCCGACGUGGCCUCUGCUCGACCUGGCUGGCAUCCCUCCGCCCGCAGCAAGGGGCUGUCCGGGUGCCUCUGUGGGUGAAGAGCGGGGGGAUGAAGUUCCCUGUGGAGCCCGACACCCCCAUCAUCAUGAUCGGCCCUGGCACGGGAGUGGCACCCUUCAGAGCAGCCAUACAAGAGCGCGUUGCACACGGCAGGAAAGGGAACUAUUUAUUUUUUGGCUGCCGCCAGAAAUCCAAGGACUUUUACUGCGGGGCUGAGUGGCAGGAGCUGGUGAAGAGCGGGCACCUGACUCUCUUUACAGCCUUCUCCAGGGACCAGAAAUGCCAAGCAAAUGCCGGCAGCAGUAGCAGAAGCCCUAAAAUCCGUGUUCCAGUUGGAAGGGGACUUGUCCCCCUCAGAAGCCGAGGAGUAUCUAACAGCCUUGGAAAGAGCCCAUCGCUUCCAGAUGGAAACCUGGUCGUAAGUCUGGAGCCGAGCCUGGGACUGCCUGCUCCUGGCCAUUCCCCCGCCCAGCCAAAUGCUUGUAGCUAUGUGGGAGUGUCCAGGCACAGACAACGUCCAAUAAACCCGUCAGCACCUUGUAUCAGCCUCACACUUCAGUCCGAGGGCGUCUCAGUUGGCACAGUUGCCCUGCCGGUGACAGGGUGUUGGUCCUGGAGGUGGCUGGGUUUGUCCCCACACCAGCCCCUGCACCCAUAGCAGCAGCAUCAGUGUCCGUCACGCUGCCAGUUUACCUGCGCACCUCACCCCUGGCCUGGAGGGGGCGCUCAGUCUCCUUGCCAAGCCAUGCUGGUGCUUUGCCUGUCUAGGCCAAGGUCCCAGACUUCUCACGCUGGCCACAGAACAGCUGUUUGAUGGACUCGAGCUGGUAUCUGUGGAGCUGGCCAAAGGGUGUUAGCGAGGGGCUGCGUAGAUAUGUGCUCUCUUCAGGAACGGGAAGUUUCUCUUUACCUGUCAUCUUUCCUAGGCGGAGCUCAAAGUGCUGAGUCACGUUAUCCCCAUCUCUAGAGAGGAAACUGAGGCGCAAAGAGGGGAAAUGGCUUGCCCAAGGCUAAGUGAGUCCAUGGCAGAAUCAUGAGUAUACCCAGUCACCCGCCCAUGUAAACAAGGCCAUGGUGUCCUGUAUUUCCUCUCUGAGAGUCUGCCUCCUGCUGCAGAAUGGUGGUGUCAUGUAGGGAAGAUACUGAGUCCUUGAAUACUUGAAGCAGGUGUCACUGAUGCCAGUUCACCUUCCGGAGUCUGCCAGUAGCCUGAACGCAUGACUCAGAAGUGUGAGCUUCCCCACUCCUCCAGGAGCUGAGCCGACGCCUGCUAAGGACAGUUUAAAUGGGGCAUAAGUCACUGGUUCCCUGCCCAGUCCCUAAUGGCCUCCUGUAUCACCUCUGAGCCAGCAGCCCAAGCAGCCAAGCCUCCUCCCACGCAGUUCUGUGCCACGGAGGCAGCUGAACACGGGGCUGUCCCAGGGAAUGUAUGCAGAACCUGCACUUGGAAUCUGGAGGGGGGCUGGGGGCUGCGGUUUAGCUGAUCCAAGGCCCAGCCGCACCUGGAAGGGGAGGACUUCUCCAGGAGCCACAUUCACUCUUAGCAACCGCUGUGUGCAGGGCUCCCGGUGAAGGUAGCCAGUGCUUUCCCCCCUUCCUAGGCUCCAGGGGUGCUGGCACAUGGGUCCCAGCUGGCAGAAAUGGGACUAGAAGCAGCGUCUGCACAUCCAUGCCUGUGCCCUACACAUCCUUGUGCUCCAGUACAAAGGGCCAGAGGGAGGGGUGCACCCACCACCACAAGUCAGUUCCUUCCCAGCUGUCUGCGGCUCGAGGUGGAGCGUUACGGCGCUGCUGGUUAGCCGCACAGCUCACUUUUAUUCUUUUAUUUCUGGACGUGUUUCUCCUUUUGUUUGUUGUUUAGCACAGACUUGGGUGUUUGGGGGCUCCCCGCCCCUUUCUUUGUAAUCAGGGCCUGCUUUGACCUCAGCCCGUUUCUUGGUGGCCUUCCCCAGGUGGGUUAGGCCAAAACCCCUGGGUUCAAACCCUGCCAGACCUGUCACAGACCAUUCCGGCUGCCUCCGCUACCUCGGAGAGCCCCACAUCCCCUCUAAGUAUAGGGGCUGCUCCAGCUUUGAGAGCAGAUCCAGGGAGCUGAGGGAAGACGUAUGGAGCGUUCCCUGAGAGCUGUGGGGUCUGAUUUCCUCUCCCCCCCCACCCCCGUACAUCGGUGUAGCUGCUCGAGGGGCACGCCGGUGGCUGAAGAGCUUAGGUGCAGCUUAGGAUACUUUGAAGCUUCAGAGGAGGAAAAGGCCCAUUCACCAGAGAGAGACUCAAAGGAGGGAAAAGUCUCCUCUAAGGCCAGGGAGCACGGAGACCUCACGUCCUGCUGUCGAGACUGCUGAGGCUUCUCCCUGCCCUAGGACCAACAGGAGUCCUCUGGCCAGAGCCCUCCAAACAGAGGGUCAGCUUAAAGAAAUCCUCUUAGACACGUGCUCCGGUAUCAUCUUCCCCGGGUCACAGCCACAGAGAGCGCACAAAGCGUUCAUCUGUGCCAUCCCCAGCACUGCUCAGCGGGCCUCAUCCUCAGGAACAGGGUCACCAUUACCAACCAGGUGGCUCUCCCGUGAGGAUCUCUGAGUCAUGGAAGACCCCGAAUCCCCUCUGCUGAGAGGUAUCGACCAUGCUUGCUGAUGUCAUAGGAAGAGGGCCUGAAGCAAGCCCAUGUAUCAGAGGCCUGGUCUGAGGCCUGAGGCCUGGGCUAAAGUAGUCAAAACUUUGCUGCUAUAAAGCAAAGUUAAAUUGUGAGCAAGAGGCAGGCCCUGCUCCCAGAAUCUGGCAAGAACAGGGCUGAUAUUGCAGAAACACACAUUCCUAAGUGCUGCUAGGCAUAAGAAUAUAAACACACGCACAUUCCAGGUAGGUGGUACCAGAACACCUCGAUGCCAAACACAUUCCCCAAAGAGAACAGGAACACACUGACCCAUCCUACAGAUAAGGUCAGGAUAACAGUGUGAUGGAUAGAGACAUACAAGGUGAUGGGAGGUAACUGGCUAUGUCAUAGGGUGUCAACUAACUACAGCAGAGGGGCAGUGUGUAACUUGUUUGUACUGAUGUAUUAAAAGCUAUCUCAGAGGGAGUGUCCUUGGCUGCCUGGGGAUAAUGGAAAGUCCCACUAUUAACUGAGUUAGUCCAUUGCAACGGUCAUCCAUGUGUUAGUGUGCCUGUAACCAUUGAGCCAAGCCAUUAGAAGUGCUUCGUUGACAAUAAACCUGACCAAGUUCCCUAUGAACCAAGUCUGUGGAUUUAUUGGGCCGUUUGAUCACAGCCUGCUGUACGGGCUUUCUGGCUGGAGUCAGUACAGCACGCAGAAAGAACACACAGGCAGCCAAA